UCUCUGUCUCAAACACUCCCAUUUCUGCUUUUCUCUCUGGAAUCACAUUAUAUCGCACUACGAGUCCACAUCCCUCUGCUUUUCAUUUAAUUCUGUAUUGUUGUUUUAAUGAAGUCAGAACCACAUUUCACCUUCAGACGGCUUAAAGAAGAGGAACUUUUCGGCUCGACCAAAGCUUGUGUGUUACAUUUUACCUGGAAAAGUUUGUGUCAAUGGGCAUAAAGAUUAAAGCAUCUCCUUACUCAUCAGACCUGUGUGAAUAAUCCUCAUGGCUUGUGUGUGUUUGUGGUUUCUGUGUGCUGUGUUCUCGUUGCUGAUCAUACAAGGAAAACAAGAUGCACAGCUACUAACUGUCCCUGAGAUGGUGAACGUUUACACAGAUGACGUCUCGCAAGAUUUAGGUGUUUGGAAGAUGUAUGUUGAGUGGAAGGAUGGUUUCCUCAACAGUAUCAAACCAGACAGAGUCACUUAUGACAUAAAUAUUUUCUAUACUGAGCAAACUAAUAAACCGGUUCAUAAUGAAACAAUAGAAUUGAAAGCAAAUCCAUCAGGGAAGUAUAAAUGGAGCUGGACAUCACCAUUCCCACUGCAGUGUGUGUCACAUUCUGUCCAGCUGCGCUACAGAGAACAGGAUCGCACCAGUGCCUGGACACCUAUGACGAUUUUACUUGGAAACGACACACCUGACAUAACAGACAUAAAAAUAUAUCCUCUCAACUAUUAUGCACUGGUUAAUGAGAGUAUCAGUUUCUGCUGUAUCCAAAAACCAGGAAAUGAUAAGUUUAGUUCUCCUGAUUUCACAAUUCGAAUCACCAACCGGACGUAUGUGACUAAGCCUAUGAGAUAUGCUCAACCAUCUCCGCCAAGUGGCUUUGAUAUAAUAUGCGGUGAUCAGGGCUCAACUUAUUACAUUGGCUAUCCACCUAAGGACCACAACAUUAUAUGUGAGACUCGAAAUCUCAUUUCUGUGGAGUGUCGCUGGACUGAACAAGCGACUAUUUCAAAAUUAAGCACAAAUUACUCCAUCAAUGGAAGGUUGUGUGAACCUGGGUAUUGUGUUGUUGACAACACCAUAGACAGAGGAGUGAUGAAUUGGACCCUAAUUGCCAGAAAUAAUUUUGGCACAACGAUAAUCUUUGACACAGCUGAUCCAAAACACAGGGUUCACCUUAAAGCACCAACGCUCCUCUCCGUUAAUCAGCUCACUGCAAGAAAUGCAACUCUUGAAUGGAAAUGGACCAGUCUCCCGAAGUAUAGCUUCUUUUCUAUGACUUGCCAAGUGGAGGUCAACGGGAUCAUCAUUAAUGAAACCUUUAAAGGAAAAGGACUGACUUCAUUGGUCUUGGCAGAUCUGAAGCCCUUUACUGAAUAUAAGACUCGCAUACAAUGCGGUUCUCGUGAGCAUUUUUAUAAAUGGGGUGACUGGAGCGACCUCAUCACCUUCAUCACCAGUGAAGACAUUCCAGAAGCUGUAGAUGUGUGGAUGCAGGUUUCUGGUGAACACACAUAUGUUGUGUGGAAAAAAGCAUCUCAGAGGAAUGGUGAGAUUACAGGCUAUGAGCUGGAUAUGAAAUCCUCAACAGACAUGAGUACAGAGCGCAUCACCAAAUCACCAGCCGAUCUCUGUCACAAGCUGAAAGCAGGCAGUGCAGAAACCCAACCCGUCAUUUCCAUAUCUGCUAAAAACGCUGCUGGUGUCUCUCAUCCCUCCAUCAUCACCAUCCCCAGCCUGCCUCCAGGUGAUGGUGUUAAUACAAGUGUUAUUGAAGGAAUUAACAGAAACUUUCAUAUGUCCUGGGAACCUAGCCUUAGGUCCAAUUGUGGCUAUGUGCUGGACUGGUAUCCAACUUAUGAACCACAUCAGUGUACAGUAAAUUGGAAAAAAAUUCCUUCUGAUCGCUUCAGUGCAGUGAUUGACUCAGACAUAAAAGAGGGAGUGAAAUACACGCUUUCGGUUUAUGGCUGCAUUUCAGGACCACUGUCCUUGCUGCAGAGGAGAGAAGGCUAUGUGGUAGAGCUGCCUCCAACAGGAAGAGUUCAGGAUCUAAAAGGAUGGCUGGAGGGCUUAAAUAUUUACCUGUCCUGGGGAAAUGUGAGUGAACAGAUGCAGAGGGGCUUUAUAAAAGGUUAUAAUUUGUCCUACAUUUCUGAUGGUGGAGAUGAAAAGAAUGUUGUUAUAUCUGACCCCAGUAUUCAAAAGUACAUGUUCAGUCUUCCUGUGGAAACCUACAAAUUCACAGUGAAGGCCUUCACAUCUGCAGGAGAAGGUCCUGGAAAUGAUAUCUCUGUGAAAAUUAAUCCUCUGGUUGACAUAUACAUGGCAGUUGGUCUGGCUUUAUUGAUUUUUAUCCUUUGCAUCGCUGCAGUCUUUGCCUGUCGUAAUAGGGAAUGUUUGAAAUCAACACUGUGGCCUGAGGUUCCCCAACCGAGGAUUUCGGCAGAAUUUCUUAAAAAAAGUGUUUAUCAAUGGCAAGUGAAUGAUCAGCUGUUAUGUGAAGAAAGUCAAGUUUUGAAAGUAAACAGUCUGGAAAUCCGUCCUGUUGCAACAGAGCUACAGAAAGAUCACAGAGAAGCCCAGGCGUUCAACAGUCCUCACACAUGUUCUGAAGGGUAUCAAUCACCUAAAACUGAACCACAAACUCUCCCUAUCAUUGAAGUUGACUUUUCUUACAAGGAGCUUCCGUGUCCUGGUAUUCCAAACCCAACAUACAACAUCAUUCUGAUGCCUGCUGCUGAUACCAGUUUUGUGUCAUGUUACAUGCCUCAGACACUGAAUGGCAGCCUGUAGCAUUAACCUCUCUAGAUGCUCACUAGUGUCUAACCAUUAGCACAACUGAAACACAUUAUAAGGAAAAACUCAUCAGAUGUCUGAGCUGGAAUUAAAUUGUUAGAUCAGACUUGUAAUAGAUUUCCUCACUCACUACAAAGUUCAUUUUCUCAUGCAUUUUCUUAUGCCAGUAAGCUUUUUGUUUUAUUAUUUUUGGAGCAUUAAAAAGAUGGCCUCAUUAUUUUUUAUAUGAACACUGUAUUUAUGUACAUAUAUUUUUUAUGAUCUUAUUGUAUAUCUUGCAGCAAGGAUCUUGGCAGAUGUUUAUAAUGUUCAGAAUAAACACAUCAUAUCCCUGAUGUAUGAUUUCUGUGUGUUGGGCUCUGAUCUAGGGCUCUUUAUGUACUGUGAUUUUUAGUUACAUGAGUUAAUUAAAUGUGUAGCAUGUUAUUGUUGAA